AUGGCAGGCGUAGCUUCGCCGACACUGCCCCAUGUACUCGUAAUUGGGGGCUGUGGAUUCCUCGGCUCACACAUUGUGCACGCCUUGCUCGAGCACCCUUCACGUCCAACGGUGUCUGUGGUGAGUCGCUCGCCCACCCGUAACCUCGUCGACGGCGCCAACUAUCACGCGGGCGAUAUCUCCAAGCAGUCUGCCUUCGAGGCGAUCCUUUCCACCCUCCGCCCAACUAUCAUCAUUAACGCUGCGUCUCCGCUGGCUAAGGCAGGUGGGCAGGCCUCCGCGGCCACUACCAUCGCGGGCACCCGCCUCUCGCUCGCCUGCGCGGCUGAGUGUCCCUCCGUCAAAGACUACAUUUACAUCUCGAGCAGCUCUAUCGUGACCGGCGCACCCUUCUCCCUCCUCACCGAGUCCACCGCAACACUGAUUGAUCCCGCCUCGCAUCAUGAUCCAUAUUCCGCGGCCAAGGCCACCGCCGACACCAUGGUCCUUACCGCGAACCACCCUCCGCAAUUGCGGACGGCCGUGCUCAGGCCCUCUGGGAUUAUCGGCGAGAGGGACACUCAGGUUAUUCCCGGGCUGUUGACAGCUCUGGGGCAAGGCAUGGCGCGCAUCCAGCUUGGAGACGGGAAGAGUAAGUUUGAAUUUGUCUAUGCUGGGAACGUGGCCGACGCAUGUGUGUGCUGCGCCGAGGCGAUGGUGAGAGAGACAGAGCAGGAGGAGGCAUCCGAGAUGGAAGGCGGGCCUCAGGGCCAGAAGGUCGCUGGGGAGGCUUUCUUCAUCACGAAUGGCGAGCCGAUCGAGUUCUGGGGCUUCGCGCGUCUCGUAUGGCGUCUUGCAGGCGACCGCACCCCCCGAGAGAAAAUCAUCGUGGUUCCAAUGUGGCUGGCAUUCUUCGUGGCAUGGAUGGCGGAGUGGACCGUGUGGGCGUUGAGCGCGGGAACGAAGCGGCCAGAGAAGUUCAACAAAAGCCAAAUGGAGAAUUGUAGUCUGGAUCGGACGUUUGAUAUUACAAAGGCAAAGGAGCGGUUGCGGUGGGAGCCGAAGGUAAGCUUGGAGGAAGGGGCUCGAAGAGGCGUGGAAUGGGCAGUGAAGAAUAGAGCUGAAAGGCGAGGGAAGAAGAGUGCUUGA